AUGUGGUAUCUGGUGGUGAUCGUACUAACACCCAUUCUUCUGCUGCCCAUCAUCUUCAGUGCUGAUAACACGCAGGCCAGGUGUGGCUAUGCCAUCGCAGUUAUGGGCGUCUACUGGACAACAGAGUGUCUGCCCAUUGCUGUGACGUCAUUGUUACCUGUGGUAUUACUGCCGAUGCUUGGAGUCUUGUCCGCCAAAAAGACUUCCGCUACAUAUUUCAAUGACACCUCCAUGCUGUUUGUUGGAGGUUUGCUUGUCGCUAUCGCCAUUGAGGUUUGGGAUGUUCACAAAAGGAUAGCGCUCCUGGCUCUCAGGAUUGUGGGUGCCGAACCUCGGUGCCUUCUACUGGGCAUCACACUGGUCACCUGGUUUCUGUCCUUGUGGAUCUCUAACACCGCCACCGCCGCCAUGAUGAUGACCAUAGUCCACGCGCUCCUGGAGCAAAUCAAGGAUAUCAUGGACGUACAGGAAGUCGUCCCGUCCUCGAGCAACCUUAAAACCAGCAAUGAAACAAUCCCCAGGCAGUCAUUACACGAUCUGAAGGACAGACAGAAAGAGAGGGAGAAAGCUACAAUGGAGCUCCUACAACUGGGCAAGGCCUUGUCUCUAACGGUGGCCUACGCUGCCAACAUCGGGGGUACCGGCAGUCUCACGGGUACGGGACCCAACCUGGUCUUUGCUGCCGCUGCUGAGAAGGCGUUUACGGAAGUGAACUCCAAGUCUCCGAUCACUUUCGGCACCUGGUUGAUCUACGGACUGCCUCUGUCGUUGAUACUUGUGAUUGUCAUGUGGUUUUGGAUGGUUACAAUCUACCUCGGUUGCAAAGGAGGCAGCACUUGUCGUGGCUCCACAUCCAACAAAGACCAAACACAGCAGAUCGAUAAGAUUAUCAAAGAUGAGUACGGAAAGUUGGGUUCACUCACGUAUGCUCAAGGCUCGGUGAUAGCAUCUUUUGCGACGUUGGUCGUGAUCUGGGUGACCCGAGACCUGGGCGAGUUUGUCACGGACACCCCGCCAGCCAUACUGUUUGGUGUUCUGAUGUUUGUACUUCCGUCCUCUUUCCCAACAUCGAUUAUGACCAGGUGUGACUCGAGGGGUAAGUCCGAUAUUCACAGGUCUGACACAUCGAUCAGUCCCCUGCUAGAAUGGUCGCACAUCCACACAAAGAUGCCGUGGUCCCUCUACCUGCUACUGGGAGGCGGUUACGCCCUUGCCGAAGCUGCCACGAAAUCCGGUCUCUCUGCAUGGAUGGGAAGUCAACUGCUGGUACUCCGUGAUUUCAACCGCUGGGUUGUCCUGCUCGUCGUCUGCUACAUCACCACCUUCCUGACUGAGGUCACCAGUAACACGGCCAUCGCGACGCACUUUGAUGCCCAUCCUGUUAGAGAUGGCCAUAAGUCUCCAAAUGAACCCGUUGUUUCUGAUGUAUCCCGCCGCCAUUGCCUCAUCUUACGCGUUCAUGUUGCCCGUAGCAACGCCUCCAAACGCCAUUGUCUUUUCCCAUGGCACUGUCAGAGUCAUAGAUAUG